AUGGAAACGCCUACACCCCCAUCACAUACAGCCCAGUAUACAAAUACAAGUAGUUUGGAUAGGUUCGCCUUCUAUCCGAAUACUGCAAUUCCACGUUUUAUAAAAAGAUUAACUGACAUAGAUUUGGAAAGGUGCGCUGAUGAGUGUCUGCAACAAGAAGCAUUCCUGUGCAGAUCAUUUGAUUUCUCUGGAACUGUAUGCUUUUUGAGCAAGGAUAAUUCGGCAUCUCUACCACUUGCUACAUACGUAGAUUAUGAUUAUUACGAAAGAAUUGAUAUAGGACCAGUUUCAUCCUUUGAGAUUGUGCCAAACUCUAAGUUGCCUUAUCAGAACGUCGAAGUACAUCUCAACAUUAUGUUAGAAAUAUGUGCGGAGCUUUGCACUGCCUCAACCUCAUUUUACUGUGCUUCCUUUGAGUUUAAUCGGUUUACCUAUCAAUGUUCCUUAAGCAAUGUUAGCCGUCAGACAGCAAAUCCACCAAUUCGCAGUAAUUAUCCGAACAACCCUUAUGAUUACUACGAACGAAAAACAAUUGGUACUAAGGAUCCAAAGAUUUUCUGUCCUUCAAGUGAUUCGAUUUUUACAACAUCAAAUGUGAACUAUGCUGCACCAACAACUGAUAAUAGUAACCACCCUCCUUCAAUCACAUGUGAUCCUCCAUCUGGGUCUUUAUUUCCUGAUGGUGUAAGUAGUGUUGAGUGUACUGCGAGUGACCAAUUCAACAAAACCGCGUCCUGCAAUUUUAAUAUAACAGUCGAUACUAUAGAUCCGAAGAUUAGGUGUUCUUCGAGUGCUUUGAUUUGGUCAACAUCAACUGUGAACUACAAAGACCCCAUAGCUACUGAUGGUAAUAACCCUCUUCCAUUAGUCACGUGUUAUCCUCCAUCCGGGUAUCUAUUUCCAGACGAUGUAAGUACUGUUGAGUGUAACUCCAGUGAUCAAGCUAACAACUCCGCAUCCUGUAGAUUUAAUAUUACAGUCGAUACUAUACAUCCCAAGAUUGACUGCCCUUCGAGUGAUUCGAUUUGGUCAACAUCAACUGUGAACUACAAUGAACCCAUAGCUACUGAUGGUAAUAACCCUCCUCCAUCAGUCACGUGUUAUCCUCCGUCCAUGUCUCUAUUUCCUGAGGGUGUAAGUACUGUUGAGUGUACCUCCAGUGACCAAGCCAACAACACCGCGUCCUGUAGUUUUAAUAUUACAGUCGAUACUACUCCACCAAGCAUCACGUGUCCAAAAGAUAUUGUAACUGAGCAUCCUUCACCGAAUUGGAAAGAACCCGUACCGACAGAUGAAUUCGGGGUCAAGACGACGGAGUGCAAUUCACAGCCAAAUACAAUCUACCAGGUUGGAUCUGCAAACUUAAUCACAUGCAAGGCAGAGGACUAUGCACAAAACACAAACGAUUGCUCAUUUCUUAUACUUAUAGAAACUGAUCUCACUGAAGAAAUCGCAAACAUUACUUUAGAUGUUACUGUAAAUAAUGUUGAUGUUGUUGCUAGCCAACUAGACAAUAUUACAGAAAGUGCUGAAGUUUUGAAGCCUGCCGACGUUGUAGAAGUUUCUAAUGGGUUAACAGACAUCGUAGCUAUAAACUCUACUAACAAAAAUGUUACGGAAGCUGUCAUCGACACAAUUGAUAAUCUGUUUGAAUAUUUAGACGAUAACAACACUGCUCUCAUUGAAGCCUCUGCAGUAAUUCUUGGAUCUCUUGAACAGCAAGUUGGCACAGCUGCUAGUGAUGGUCAGAAUUUCACGGACCAUGCCGAGAACUUUGCCGUCCAAACUAGUAGUUUCAGUUCGGAGGCGCUGUCUUCAGAUGUCCUUUUCUCUGUUAAUCAGAAUACGAUGCAGACAAACGCUUGCUUUAAUGACUGCCAAAAGAAGUCAGAUUUAUCGAUUAAGUUACCAAAGAACAUUUUAAAGGGGCUGAAUGGGACACAAGUAAACGUUAGCUUCGUUGUGUUUAACAGCGACGCCCUCUUUCCAUCAAAAACUGUAAAAUUAUCUAACAGGCUUACAUCUGGUGUGGUUCUCGCGGCAACUAUCUAUGACGAAAGUUUACCGAAAGUAUUUGAUGACCCCGUUGAACUUGUCUUCAGUGUUCCAACGAAUCUAUCAGCGGAAAAUGCGAGCUGUGUAUUUUGGAGUGAAACUCUACGUGAUUGGUCAAAUGUUGGUUGCAUUAGCCAUACAGUCGAAGAAGAUAAGAUAACGUGCCAAUGUAAACACUUGACUAACUUUGCUGUUCUUAUGUUUCCGCAGACGAACGAACCAAGCCCUGUUAAGACUUUUUUAGACGUGGUGACGAUCAUCGGCUGUAGCACAUCUAUAAUCUGUCUUAUUAUUACAUUGGUUACCAUUCUGAGUGCAAAAAACAUCAGAAGUCGUCAACCACAAAAGAUAAUGAUCAAUUUGUGUAUAUCACUGUUAUGCUUGUACAUCUUGUUCAUAUUGGGCGUGGACCAUGCUAAGCCUGGAAACAGAGGGUGUACAGCCGUAGCGGUUCUUGUGCAUUACUUCCUUUUAACAUCGGCAUCGUGGACGUUAGUGGAGGCCAUCAAUAUGUAUUUCUUAUUUAUUAAAGUCUUCAAUCUGCCCGGCAGGAAGUUCAUAUGGAUAGCUGCAUGCCUGGCCUGGGGUGCGCCGUUGUUAUUGGUUAUUGUGUUGUCAAUAGCAUCAUCAGAUUUAUACAUCAACGAAACGUACUGCUACAUUAACAGUUCCAAAGGGAAACUUCUCUUGGCUUUUGUGAUUUUACCAUUCAGUGUAAUCAUCUUCUGCAACAUCGUCAUCUUUGUAAUGGUCAUCAGGAAGCUAUUUCUACAGGAAUCAGUUCCAGGAAAGAUUGCCGCCAAAUCUGGCAAUGAUAAAAAGAAGCGCGUUCUAAACGCUAUAGCUAUUUCAAGCCUGCUAGGCCUUACAUGGAUUUUUGGAUUCUUGGCGUUUGAACACGCAGCACAGCUACCGUUUCUGGUUCUUUUCUGUGUCUUCAACUCGUUCCAAGGAGCUGCUAUUUUCUAUUUAUUCUGCUUCAGACAAAAGGAAUGUAAAGAUAUCUGGCGCUCGUGGUUUAGAGGAUUGACAAAUAAAAUGUCAAAUACUCUGCGAAGAAUGUCAGUACAGGACACUUCAUUGUUCACCGUUACUGAUUUAUCAAGCUCGCAAAAAGCAGAAACUCCUGCAAGCAUUUCGCUUUCAGUGAUUCACACUUAAAAUAAUACAAUGUCCAGAAUAAUUCAGUAACAUUGUAGAUUAGGCCUUUACAAAACUUUUCACAGAUUGUUUACAACUUUGUUGCUUGUUAUUCUUUGUAGUUUAAAUUAUCAUUUGCUUCUAAACAGAACAAGUACCCGAAAAUACGGCACAAAAAACUAUAACGAUUGAUCUAGAAAAACUACAUAAGGUUUUCUGGUCUCAGGAUUUCUUUCUGACAGAAAUUCUAAGAAAGUGUUUUGUUUAAAUGGCAAUGCAGUUAUAUUUACAUAGUGCCUUAUACCAAAACGAUCACAACGCUCUUGAGGUGUGGACGAGCUCUUGCAGUAACUUUCUUCUCUGCUAAGGGUCUCUUCGUGUCUGAGUUUGUGAAGUCAAAUGAUGAGGUCAAGUCUAGACACAUUGUUACUCAUACUGAUGUACCUCAAGUUAUAUACAUCUGACUUUCAAUGUACUCACACAGAUAUUCCAGUAGAGUUUGCUGAUGAUACUGCAUUACUUGGCCUUAUUAAGAAAGAUGAUGACAGCCAUCAUAUGGCUGAAAUUACUUCUUUUAAGUACUGUGAUGACAAUUAUCUCAUACUUAAUAUUAUGAAAACCAAAGAAAUUGUUAUUGACUUUUGUAAAAAUAUAACAAAUAUUGAUAAUGUUGUUAUUAAUUAUAUGUGUUGAAAAAGUGUCUACUUAUAAAUAUCCUGGGGUCGUCUUCGAUGACAAACUCAAAUGGGAAGAUCAGAUUGAUAAAUUGAUGAAAAAACUUAACUCUCGUACGGUAUGUAUUGCCUUCGUAAAAUGAAAGAGUUUAACGUUAGAAGUGAUAUUAGCAUUAGGCCUAUGUUCUAUCAGUGAUUUGCAGUGUCUUGGCUUAUUGUUUAACAUCCUGGGGAGGUAAUGCUUCGAAGAAAGAAAUUGGGAGGAUCGAUCGGUUAACAAAGAAAACCGGAAAAAAUUACUGAUACGUGUCUAGAUGAUCUUGACUCAUGAAGACUUGAAGAGGUUAUUCACAUCCAUACUAGAUGAUGAAACUGACCCACUUCAUGAGAAGUUGAUUAGUUCUAUCAUGCCUAGAAGUGGUAGGAUGCGUUUGCCCAACGUUUGCACAAGUCGUCAUCUUUACUAUUUUGUCCCUAUUGGCAUUAAACACUUUAAUACGAACUAUUGUAGAUACGAUCUAUACUGAGUGUUCGAUAUGAAUGGGAUCUAUACUUAAUAUUCAGUAUAGAUCCUAUGCUUAAUAUUCGGUAUGGAUAUGAUCGAUACUGUAUAUUAAGCGUUGAUAGAAAUGGCAAUAAGAAUUGUAGUAAUAAUAAUAAUAAUAAUAAUAAUAAUAAUAAUGAUAAAAAUAAUAAUAAAAAUAUGCAGCUUUCCAUUACUUAUUUAAGUAAUGUAUACUGUAGUGUUGUAUCAUAUUUUAUUCUGAAUGUAUUUUUAAGGUCUUUCCAUUCUUUUUUGUGUUCGAUUUUUGAUGUUUUAGUAUUUCAACGUUUUUUGUAUCUGAUGUUUUGAAUUAGUGUGAUGUACUUUUUGUAUUUAUAUUUGAAUGUAAUUUUAUAUGCAAGGUUUUAAGUUUUAUCGAGAAAAUAAAUAUUUGGAGAAAAUAAAGUUCGAUUCAGAUUCUGAUUCUGAGCUACCCGGUAAACCGGUACUUCUCGUCUGUCUACGACAGGGGCUGAAUGGAUUAGUACACCGGGGUAAUAACCCCUACUCGUCUCGAAAGAUGCACAGAAUCAAAAUUGUGUACACUGGGUGGGACUACGUUUUAUAGUCCUUAUUAUCU